UUUCGCUCGAGAGUACGCAUGCUCGCAGCAUCCAAGCUCAUCUCGACCCUUGUCGCCGGCCUUACGGCCUCGGUGCUGGCGUCGCCCCAGCCGUUCCAGAUUGGGUAUCCCGUCCCGCUGAGCCUUCGCGGGGACCACAGCGGCCCCUUCAACCACACCAUCCAUCGCGAUGGUGCGAGCUACCUCUCGGUGCAUUUCACGUCGAUCGCGUUGCCCGAUGCAGCGACACUGUCGCUGGCGUGCGCCGAUGGCGCCAAGCAAGUGUCGUUCACGGGCGCCCGGUCCGAGUUUUACACCGAGUCGUUUCCUACACGCUAA